UUUCAUGUUUCGGUUGGCAACGUAAAAUUAGCAAUUUCAAAACAAUAUAAAAGAUCUUUAUUCUUUAAUUUGAAUUCAAUGAUAAAGAGGGUAUUUGGUGCUCAAAAGGUUUUUAUGAGAUGUAGUAAUAGUUUAUACAACAGUUUAUCAAAUAAUUCAAAAAUGCCGUUCUACGCCGUGGCAAAAGGUCGGACCUCAGGGAUUUAUAUGAACUGGGGUGAUUGUGAGGCGCAAGUAAAGGGUUUUCCUGGAGCAAGAUACAAGAAAUUUAAUACAGUUAUUGAAGCGCAGGAUUUCAUUACAGUUAAUAACGGCGGAAGUGCAUCAACAAAACAGAAACCACAGAAAAGUCGUUCUAGUUUACCUUCAAGCAAUAAUAACCUUAAGAGGAAUUACUCCUCAACGUCGAAUAGUGCUAAAUUUAACGAUGAUGUUCCUAAGAAAAAAUCCAAGUCUAAACCUCGAACCCCUAGUACUGAUAACAAUAGUUCUGAUGAUGAUUUAAACACUAUAAUUGUUAAACAGCUUGAUGAUAUUGAGGCAAGACUAAAAGGUUUUGCAAAAGGUGUUGAUAAGAUUUAUAAGAAGGGCUCAAAGGGUAAAACAUCAAUAUUGAUAGAACAGGAACAAGAUGGUGACUUUAAAGUUGAUGAUCAAGGGUUUGUGCAGGUCUAUACAGAUGGAGCUUGUUCUGCGAAUGGUCGAAAAGGUGCAAGGGCAGGUCUAGGGGUGUACUGGGGAGAUGGUCAUCCCCUUAACGUCAGUGAGCCAGUAUCUGGGAGGGCUACCAAUAAUUGUGGAGAAAUACAGGCAGCUACAAAAGCAAUUAAACAGGCAAUAGAUAAUGGUGUACAAAAGUUAGCUAUUAAUACGGAUUCACAGUUUCUCAUCAACUCUGUUACCAAAUGGCUCCCAGGUUGGAAAAGAAAAGGGUGGAAACUACAAUCAGGUGAACCAGUUAAAAAUGAAAAGGAUUUCAAAGAACUUGAUAAUCUUCAAAACAAACUGCAAAUUAAAUGGAAUUAUGUUGAAGCUCACAGAGGAGUCUACGGCAAUGAAAUGGCUGACCAGCUGGCAAAAGCUGGAGCAACUAUGUAUGUUAACUAAAAACUGUUGUUUGCAAGGGCAUAGUAAGAUUUUAAGUAAAAAUAUCCGGUCUAUUCCUAUGGUUUAUGAUAUAUUAAUUGCAUAAGAUUUAAGAUGUUAUUUUAAGAUCAAAAUAUAAAAAUCUUCAGCUUUAUUAAUUAUUGAUUUAUUCGUGUUAUGUCCAGUAUUAACUAUUAGCUUUUAGCUCUACCAAACUAAAAACUUUCUUAUCUUACACUUUUUUGGUCUGACUAUUUUCAUGUUAUCCAUUUCAAGUGCAUUUAUUUGUCACUUUUCCUAAAUGAUUUUCAAUCAAUAAUGUAUAAUCUGCUGGACAGAAAUUAAUAGAAUAAUGUCUUGUAUUGCUGUGAUUGUGUAAUUAAAAUAAUUU